CCACCCCCGGCCCAAGGCGGCGCUUCCGGUGUCAGCUCCUGGGUUGACUACACACCCGGCUGUACCCACCCCCCAAAAGAGUCCCGGCCCGAGCCUCGGGAUGCCCGCACGUAGCGGGGCCCAGCUUUCCCGCAAACUGGGGCUAAAAAAGCAGCGACUAUUGGUGGCAGAGCGGCCUCAGAGCCCGCCCGAUGGAGCCCACACACCUUGCCCCAAGGAACCCCGCCUGGAGCUGCCCAAGACCCUGGCCCCCCAACGCAGCGUCUAUUUUUCAAGUUCCAAAGGCCACCCUCCGAGACUGGGAUCAGAUUUUUUCAACCAGCCUGCCGUGCCCCUGGCCCAGGCAUUUCUGGGACAGGUCUUGGUCCGGCGACUCAGUGAUGGCACAGAGCUCCGCGGCCGCAUUGUGGAGACUGAGGCAUACCUGGGGCCAGAGGACGAAGCUGCCCACUCAAGGGGCGGCCGGCAGACCCCCCGCAACCGUGGCAUGUUUAUGAAGCCAGGGACCCUGUAUGUGUACCUCAUCUACGGCAUGUACUUCUGCAUGAAUGUCUCCAGCCAAGGGGACGGGGCAUGCGUACUGCUGCGAGCGCUGGAGCCCCUGGGGGGCCUGGAGACCAUGCGGCAGCUCCGCAGCGCCCACCGGAAGGGCAGCGCCCGAGCCCUCAAGGACCGUGAGCUCUGCAGCGGCCCCUCCAAGCUCUGCCAGGCCCUGGCCAUCGACAAGAGCUUCGACCAGCGGGACCUGGCCGAGGACAAGGCCGUGUGGCUGGAGCAGGGCCCCCCCGGGCCCAGGGAGCCAGCGGUGGUGGCAGCAGCCCGAGUGGGCAUUGGCUAUGCCGGGGAGUGGGUCCAGAAGCCCCUGCGCUUCUACAUCCAGGGCAGCCCCUGGGUCAGUGUGGUGGACAGAGCGGCUGAGCGGGGCACACAGGCCUGAGCCAGGCAGGCUUUUUAAUUGUUUAAAAACCAAAUAAAUGCUUCAUUUUCUAGAAAAUAGUGCCGCUUGUAUUUCACUCAGCCCGAGCUGCCCUCAGGGGUCAGCUCCUCCUCCAGGAUGGGGACAUCCGGGGCCCUGUGUGGGCCGCAGGAUACCCAGAGCCAGGCCUGACCCACCCCACGGGGGGCCCACGGCCUCGGGUGGCAAAGGGGAACCUCCUGCUGGCCCAUAGGGCAGUAGCGAAGGUCAACCAGCUGGGAAGGCCGGCCACUAGGCCCCCCCACCCCCCGUCUGGGAAGGGCAGCACUGGAGGGGGCAGGGAGCACCCACAGGAUCGGGAGGAAGGUAGAGGAGCGGGCGGCCCAGAUCUGCGUGUGGGAAGCAUGUCUCGCGGGCGCUCCCCCCAGGGCGUCACCUUCUCAGCUCAGACACUGGGACUCUGGAGGACCAGGUGAGAGUGAGAACGCAGAGGGUAGGAACCCCUUGGGGCUAAGAGGACGCAGGCCUCCGGGAGGCAGGG